UUAAAUGCAGGCAGUGACACUCUAAGCAAAUCAUCAUCAAUCGAACAGAAGACGGUAGUACAGCAGACAGACAAGGAUCCAAGGGACGUAUCCAGCAAUGGGUUCAAUCGCUUCGAUCCCAAGUAUAUCAGCAUUGGACCGAAGGCCAUCCGGGGAUCAACUGGGAUGAGCGCUGCCGCGGCUGCAGCCAGCAAGUGUGCUACUCUUCGGCAGGGUGGCCGCUAUGGCGGGAGUCUGGGUGGGGUGUCAAAGGUUUCAGUUAGUCCCUGUCCCAAUUUAAAGACAGCACAACCACCCACCGUGGCAACUGUGUCAAAGGACUACACCAGCUCGUACUCAACCUCCACCAUGCCGUUCAACACUGCCACAUCGGGUCAGCAGAAGAAGAGCAAUGUGCCCAAUGGCGCAUCUGCGGCGGCUGAGCGAAGAGAGGAGGUGAAGCAGCAACUGUCCGUGUACAGCAUUGAUGCGUCGUAUCAUCGGCAGCCGAGGUCCCAGGAGAGCUCCAACACCAAGGGUAUAUCAAUUCUCAAUCAGCCUCUGCCGGAGAUUCCGCAAUCAGCGAUGAAGAUGACUGAAUCGGCGCCUAAAAACAUCCAACAACCACUGUGUGCGACAAAUUUGAAUCAGUAUCGUUCGCUGCAGCGUCCGGGAAUGCAUCAAAAGUCAUCAUUUGCGCAACCACCGCAACAACAUCAGCAAACAGUGCCGCUGAAGAGCUCAAUGAAGCAGCCACAGACUCCUGCUCCACCGCCAAAGGUGGUGCCACCUCAGUUGCCGCCGAAGAAUCGUCACAAGGAGAUGAGUCAGCAGAGACAGUCGGCACAGUCGUCCAAAGGACAGAAUUUCAGCACUCUUCAGUACCCUAGCAAGCAUCAUCAAGGCAGUACUCACACGACAUUUGGGUAUGACAAUAAAUCCCGCGAUUCAGGUGGAUACCAUGGGCAGAUGAUGCCACAGGAGAAGAAGCAUUAUGAUAGCUCUCGCAUGACGUCUUUCCAUGGCGGUGAACAGCCACCGGGCUAUCCGAUGAAGAUGUCCAAGGCUCAUCAGCAGGGAUAUCAAACCAUGCCACAUCAGCCGAAAUACCCUGUCAGUUCGGGCAAAUCUCACGGUCAUCAUCAGCAGUCGCAGUCGAGCAGGCAAGGUGGAAGCAAACGAGAUGAUCCCCCAGUGUACUAUCGCUCCCUUCAGCGUGGCGGCGCCAACACAGCCGGUGGUGCUCAUAAUGAUCUCUAUUCCGUGACGGAACUUUGAAGGUAGCUAAAAUACAGCAAUGCAUUUUAGGCGAGGCCACGCAUUGCUGCGGUCAAGGAGCGCUUGGUCAGAGAUCAUGCAGAUGGGUGGAAAUAGUGCCAUACAUUUCCAUUUUUAAUUUAUUUAUAUUCACACCCAACUAAUCAUCUCGCGAGUCUUUUUGCCCAUCUGUGAUUGCAUCCCUGGCAGCGACUGAAGAGAUUCACUCGUAUUGCUGAAUAUGUAUUUUCAUGCAAAUUCAUAGACACACACAUUGGUGGAAUUUUAUGAAUGUGCAAUAAUAUGAAAGGAUAUAUUUUCAUUUGCAGUCAAAAUUUAUAUUGAUUUAUCAAUGUCCCUAAAAACGAUUCAAAUUGGAAAGUCACAACGAAAAAUGCGUAAUCAGCCAAUAAUUUCCCUUUUUCAAAGUUUAUAUUAAUGCGAGUGAACAUUUUCAAUUGAAAAGUAAUGAAAAGAAAUAUAGCUGAAAAAGAAACUAUUGACGAAGAGAGGAAAAUGAUGAUCAUAGAAUAGUGAUGAUGUUUCUGAAAAGGUAGUGAGAAAAGUUUGAAGACAUGCGGUAUUCCUGUUCUGUAAAUAAAAGGAAUUUUAGAGAAAAUGAGAAAUUUGAAAUGAAAGAGCGUGAGAAGCAUUUUUGGGUCAAUUUUUUCGUAUAACUUUUUAAUUAGUUGAGUGUGUUCUUGAAUAAUUAACAUUUUCUCUAGACAUUUCAUGACUAAAACCGCUAAAAUAAAAACAUAAAGAAGUACAUGCAAUUCCAAAUACGAAGAGUAUUUUCCUUGAUUUUUUUUUUCCAAUUAUGCGAAAUCCAUGAGAGAAAAGACAUUAAUUUCUGUUCGAUUGCUUGAUGUUUUAUUUACUUGGAGUGUCAAUCAACAUUUUUCGUUGAUUCUAAUUUUUAAGGGGAAUUUUUUUAUAUAUAGGAAAAAAUUACAUCUCAUGUAUAGAUUUAUCUUACUAAGUUAGAAUAAUUUGUAUUAUUCAGGGAUUAAGAGCACCGUAUGAAUGAGAUUUUACUACAAUAUGACACAAUAUGUAUUAAGAUUAUAAUAUGAAAUGAUAUAAUAUAGAUAAAUUGGGUAAAUUCGUUGUGUGAUGAACAAAAAGUGGUAGAAUGAAUGUUAUUUGAAACAUUUACUUGUAUUUAUGAUGAUUUUUCCUUAUAGCAUUUCAAUGAUCAUACUUAGAAAUAGAAGUGAAAAUCUUGGAUAAGUUUUUUAGACGUUGAAGGAGAUUUUAAGAUUAAAGUAAACAUACAAAAAUAGUCUGAAUUAGCGUUAAAUGGAAAAGGUAAUAAAAAAAAAUACAGAUUGAUAAAGUAAAAAGAGAAGCAGUUCAUGUAAUAAUUAGAAGAUAAAACUAUAAAAUUCAGUGAGAUUUUUACAAUCAAUUUCGUGGUGUUUUAUGAAUAUUUAUUUUUUGAAGAAGGAGACACAGAUCAAAAUUUUCGUAAUUCACAAUAUAAGGAAAUAGUGUUAGUAAAAGAGAAUCAACUUGAGAUAAAAGGUGCCAUUUUUUUUCUUUUUGGUUAUACAAACUUUAUUUAGUUUAAUUUUGGACAGUUGUGUUAUUUGAGAAUAUAUAUAUAUUUUUUUUGUAUUCUGAAAGGUUUUAAAAUAUUCUAUCUAUAUAUAUAUAUAGUCCAAUUUUGAAAGGAAAUUAUACACCGAGAUAAGUCGUAACACUCUCUAAAAUGGGAACAUAUUUUCUAUUUGCAGUGUAUCUUAUUUAUUCUGCAGAGAAACGGAUAAUUGAUAAGUAUUCUGUAGCGAACUAAACUAUGUACUUUGUAUUAUAAAGUUCUUUUACAAUGAGAAUUAGCACAAACUUGUAUUUAUAAAUGAUGAAGAAAAAGAACUGUUACCGUCUCGAAAAUUUGCCGAUCACAUUGACGAAGUGAGAAACAUUUGAACACAUGAAUUUUUUUUCCCAACAAUUAAGAUGAAUUAAUCAUAAUUAAGUGCACCAAAACUUCUAUUAACAAAAAAAAAAGAAAUACGCCAAAGAAUAUAAAUCAAGAGAAUAUCUUUUCGACAGAAAUUCGUAGAGAAGUUUUUAGUGCUAAAUUGUGGUCGAAAAAACAAGAGAGUUUUUAUGCUUUAGCAAUACAUGUAGAAAGUAAGGGUGAAGAAAAAAUGCGAGAAAUUUACCAACUCAAUUAUUUAUAAUCAAAGGACUGCAUUUUUUAUACAAAAUCUUUUUUUAUGUUUAUUAACGGAUUUAAGUGAAGAGAUGUUUUUGAUGCAACUUGUGGGUGGCGAAUAAGAGAGAGAGAGAGGAGAAAAAAUACAACCGGAAAAAUCGAGCUCAAUUAUUUCGAACAAACAUUUUGAACGUUAAUAAAAGGGGUGAAGAUGCGUAGAGUCAAAAUGAAGUAAAAAAGAAAGAAAGUGAGAAUAUUUUGAAAGACUUAGAGAACAGAUAAAACACAUUAACGAGAAAAAUAUUGUUAUGUAAUGUAAUAAAGACAUGUUGUGUAGUCCUUAAGAGUAAUAUUCUAAUCGACAAUUUCUUCUCAAAUUUACAUGAACUUCAUUUUGACAGACCCGUUUUUGAAUUGCGGGUAACGAAAAGGAAGGUUAGAUAAAAUAAAUCCCUUUUCCCCUUCUUGAAGCAUGAAAUACCAGUAAAAAAAAUUACAUAACAUAGAAGAGAAAAAAGUAUCUAGAAUGUUUUGAUCUCUUAACUAUGACAUAGGAUGGAAAAAAGAAUGAAAUUCUGGCUGAUGUGCGGAGUGAGAAAAGCGUAAGAGUCAGUAACAUUCAGUAUUACUGGCUUGGUAAAUAUUCAUAUAAAAAAUUGAAUAGUGUUACAUUUAGCGAUAAAAGUGAAAAAAAUCCAUAUGAAAUUGAAUAAAAAUGAUUAUACAAUUAUGAUUAUGAAAAAAGUGUUAGCAUCUAAAGUAAUGGAUAUUUUUAACUGAAGUUUGUCUGUAAACACAAAAUUGAAGAAAGAAAAAUAAAUGCAAUCAUAU